AUGGCGCAACGGCCCAAUAACACCGACCUCCCACCCAAAGAGACAACUCAACCCUUGAAGGGGAAAGGACCGCAUCAACAAAACGACCCAGGCGACUGGGAGUCGCAGGAACGGGAGCCAUGGGCGAAUGCGAUGGAGUGCGUUCAGGGACAGGCACAGAUGUACUGCUAUCCACGCGUGGUAUUCGAGGUUUUCGAACCGCACGUCUAUACUCCCCUUACCAGCCCAGCCGCCCUCUCCUGCGCAGCAGGGCGACGAGACUGGGGAAGUCCAACAAACGUGCGAUGUUCAGUAACCAUAGAAACAGCCAAAGGACCAGCGGCAACCUCCGGAGCGACACAAGGGUGUCGCUGGCCAGUACAAUAA